AUGUACCUCCGUGACUCGCCGCGCGCGCCGCGCGCGGCCCGCGCCGGCCGGCCCCGCCGCCGCGGCGGGCGCCGCCGGCGGCCGCGCCGGCCGCCGCGCCGGCGCCCGGGGCGGGGCCGGCCGCGCCGCGGCGCCGGGCCCGCCGCGCGCCGGCCGGCGGCCCGCCCGGCGCGCCCCGCCGCGCGCGCGGGCCGCGCCGGCGGCGGCGCGCGCGCGGCGGGCGGCGGCGGCCGGGCCGCCCGCCGCGCCGCGGCGCCGGGCCGGGCGGGGCGCCGCGCGCGCGCGCGGGCGGCGCGGGGGGCGGCCGCGCCGGCCGGCGCGCGCGCGGCCGGGCGGCGCGCCGCGGGCGCGGCGGCGCAGCGGGCGCCGCGGGCGGCCCCCCGCCCGGCCGCCCGGGGGCGGCGCGCCGGCCCGGCCGCCCGAAGCGCCCCGGGGCCCCCGCCACGCGGCGCCGCGCCAUGGGAAACGGUCUCAAUCCGGGAGGAACAGCAAAUGGACCAAAUUUAUGAACAGGAAGAGCUAAGGAGUCCGAAAUACACCUCUGUGCCUCCACAUUGUGGAAACUCACUUGUAGUGUAUAAGAUGAACUAG